AUGUCAUAUAGAGAACUUUUGCAAGGCUACGAAGGAGAAUCAAGCCAACUUGAUGACAUUGCAGAAGCAAUUGAAUACCACCUUAGCGUAGGUGACUUUACAACUGCUUCUAAUGUGCUUUGUCAAUUAGUAGCGCUUGAUAAUUACAAUGCAGUAGAGUGGACAAAGCUAGGCCAUUGCUAUCUUUUGUUAGAAAGAUUGGACGAAAGCUUCCAAGCCUACACAAACGCCCACUCAGUCUUGAAGGAUUCUGCUCCAGCUCAACUUUGGUACGGACUUGGACUUCUUUGCUUCAAGUGUCGGCUUUUUGACAUGGCUGAAAGGUAUCUUGAAGCAGCCCUUAAGGCAGAUCCAAAAUUUGAGUAUACAUCACAUAUAUACUUAAAGCUUGGGAUUAUAAAUAAACGCUCCAAACAAUACCUGAAAGCCAUCACUUAUCUCAGAAACUGCCUUAACGCCAAGGAUCUGGGAUUAGAGAAGACAGUUGAGACCUUAUGCCAGAUUGCUAAUUGUCUAGAAGUUUCAAGAAAGAUCUAUGCAAUUGAGCUGUAUCAAGUUGCCAGGAGCUUGAAAGCUGACGUAAAGACUACUGCAUGCUUGGGAUGGGGAUUUUUUGUAAAUAAAGACUUUGAUAAAGCUAUUUCAACAUUCAACGAGGCUUUGAAAUUAGCUGAAAAUCCAGACUCCAAGCCUUACUGUGACAUAAUCUACCUGAAAGCCCGAUGUUUAAUGGAGACGAAAUCUUUCCACAGAGCGCUUUCAUUGCUUACAUCCAUUACAUGUAAAUAUCCACAAGAACCUAUAUAUAAAAUGUCUCUCUCUGUUGUAUAUGUAGAGCUUGAACAAUGCCAAAACGCUUUGUCAUGCCUCUAUAGCUGUCUAACCUUAAGGUAUGAUGAAACUGAAGUCUACAUUAACUUGGGAAUUGUCAAUGAGCUGAUGUUCAUAAGAGAAGACGCCAUGACAUGGUACCAAAAAGUAAUUGACAAAGACCCGAAUAAUAAUAUUGCGGCACACAGAUUGAAAUUAUUGAGCAAACAUAAAAACAAGCCAAGAAAUAUUCCUGAGCCACUCCAGCCUAAUAUUGAUAUAACAGAAUUUCCUUUCAGGAAUGUUGAAUGGACUUAUCAACAAACUGUGUAUCCUCAGAACUGGCUCAAAAGCAACAUUAUUCAAGAGACGUCUAUUUUAGGUAUUGCUGAUAAUGUAUAUACAAAGUAA